GUCUUCUCUCAAGAAUAUGAAGUGGAUGUAUAAUAGGUAUAUUUAUGUACUGUAUGAGCGAGGAUCUGUUAGCGCGAGACCUUAUACUUUAUUAUAGCGCGUACGGUAUUCCAUAUACGUACAUAUCGUGAGGCCUUGUUAACGAGAACAGCUAAUAUCGUUACAUAGCAGCUACAUGCUAGGUCUUAGUACCGAGAGGAAGGAUAGCCUGACACAUCAACAAUUCAUAAAGACACAGCAGGAAUGACCUUCCCUUUGUUUCUACUGCUGUCAAUCUUGGAUAUUACGUUUGGAUAUCUAACGUUCCAAACACGUAUCCCGAAUGGUGACAGGAUUAUCGAUCCGUGUGACGGAACAGGUUGGCCAGGUGUCGGGCAUCAAGCAAAAGGGGGAACUGGGCACAGGAACCCAUUUGGAUUGGCGUUUCAACGAAAUGGCUUUAUGUGGACAGAAGCUUUGUGUCGGGAAGAUUCUGAUGGUGACGGAAGGUCCAAUGGAGCUGAACUAGGUGACCCAAACUGUUUGUGGAGGAUUGGCUCGCGACAGAUAGAACCCCCAGCAGGACAUCCAGGUAUUUGUGAGACCUGGACCACCACAGAAUGCAGACGAAGAAACGGGAACUGGUUUAAUUGUACUCCUGCUGGUUUGAUAUGUCCUGCUAUAAGUGAACCAGGCGUACAACGACUGCAUUAUCAGAUGCCAAGGACAACUAUACCAGCAGCAGAGACAACUUUCAAGUGUGUCAACCUCGAGUUUCCUGUAGACCGUGAUUAUCACGUGAUAGCAGAUACGGCAAUCCUGGACAACCAGAACGUAGUACAUCACAUGAUACUGUUCGCGUGUUCAGCAACGAGAGCCUCUGAGCUAAAGAAUGCUGUCGGCCAGCCAUACACAUGCGACAUGUUGCCUGAUCCCCAAUGUCAGGAUAUCAUUACGGGGUGGAAGCACGGGAUAUCGGGAUUCUGUGCUCCGGACAAUGUCGGCUUCAGUGUAGGAGCAAACAGGGCUAGGUUUCUUACCUUACAGGUCCAUUGGGUCAACCCCGGCCGGAGGACAGACCUUGUUGAUACAUCUGGAUUAGCUUUGUUUUUAACACCAAAUCUACGACAGUACAAUUUAUCGACAUUUAGAAUAGGCGACGUCUCCUUUUCCAUUCCACCGAAAGAAACAUCCUAUGUCGUUCAAGGAGAAUGUGCCUCUGUAUGCACGCAAAGACAACUGACGGGACCGAUAACUGUCUACCAAGGUUUUGAUCACAUGCAUUACGCAGGUAAAGAGAUCAAAGUGACAGUACGAAGACGAGGGAUAGAGCCAGAAGUCACUCUGUGGAAUAAUCCAUUCUUCGCCUUCGAAAAUACAGUAUUUCAUAAAAUGACUGGCCAAGUACAGAUACGACCGGGCGAUUCACUCCGCACAACCUGUCAAUACAACACAGAAUCCAGGAAUAGAACGACAAACUUCGGAUUGAGAGCGAUUGACGAAAUGUGUUUUGCUUCCCUGCAAUUUUAUCCUGCUGAGAACGCCAUAAGGAAGGGAUGCACGAGCUCUGCUGGUAUACCUACAUGUCAGCUGACCGAUCCGAAUGCAGUAAUCGACGGAUGUAGCGUUUCCUUCACGACAAGUCAAGAUAUGGCCGUCAUAAAGCGAUUCUUGGACGAUAAUUGCCAUCCACUGAAAUGUCUCAAAGAGUGCAUUAAUGUUGUGAAAGCCAUCAGAAAACAUGCGUGUUUCCGGUCUGAAAACGUCAGAAAACAUGUAGAAGAGAGACUGAUUCAAAUGAAUCUUCUAGACACGCUGGCAAGGCUUCACUCCUGUGAUGUAGAGAUAGCAAAAGAAGAAGCCGUGUGUCCAGGUAAACCGGCCAGCUUAGAAACAAAAUCAACCAGGUGUCUGUGUAACAAGCGACCUUUCCUCAGAUGGGUAUAGUGGCAAAAUAAAUUGGUGUCAUUGUAACAAGGACCUUUCCUCCGACGGAAAUAGUGACAAAAUAAAUCGGUGUCUGUGUAACAAACGACCUUUCCUCAAAUGGGUUUAGUGACAAAAUCAAUUGGUGUCUUUGUAACCAGGACCUUUCCUCCGACGGGUAUAGUGACAAAUUAAAUUUGUUUUUUUUUUGUGUGUAACAAGCGACUUUUCCUCAGAUGGUUUUAUUGACAAAAUAAACCAGAUGUCAGUGUAAUUGACGAACUUCCUUAUGUGGUAUGGAUUCAACACUAUGGAUUGUAAUAAGAAAAGGACUUGCUAACAGAGGGAGUCUAUUAUAUAUCAGUCUUAUUCACCUGAUAUAUGCAUAGAAUCAACAGGCAUAUGUACAAAACCGACCUACCUUCCUUAGACGGACUUGGAUGACUUGAUGGAUGUUUCGAUCAGAUCUGUACAUGUUUUCAGAAAUCGCAGUUAUAUCUCCAUUAAGCUUACAUAGCUCUUUAAAAUUUGAUAGACGAUCAAAGUGUUGAAUCUGCAUAAUCACAUUAUUAUAAGUCGUUAAAAACCGCGAACACUUGAACAAUUAAAACAAUAUUAAUUGCAGCAUGUUAAUGUAACGGUAGAGAGAACAUCAACCUACCAGUAUGUUUGUGUAUGGCCUGGUGUGUGACAAUAAAAUCAUCAUUACUUCACAAAUCAUCUUAUAUAUUAGAUAUUAUAUAUAAUAUGGGUGACUGAUUGUGAACAUUAUUUAUAAUGAACAUUACGUGAAGUGAGGAUUUCUUAUAGUGAACAUUGAUAUUUUGAACAUUACUUGCAGUGAACACUAAAUAAGGUGAGCAUUGUUAUAUUGAGCAUUAAAUAAAGAACUGGUAUUGUUAAUAUAACCUAAAGUGAGCAGUACUUAUAGCGAACAUUGUCAUACUGAGCAUUACACAUAGUGAACAUUGAUUUAGUGAGCAUUACUUAUAGUGAUCAUUGUUAUAGUGAACAUUGCCAUACUGAGCAUUACAUAUAGUGAACAUUGAUAUAGUGAACAUUACUUGUAUUGAACAUUGCCAUUGUGAACAUUACUUAUAGUGAACAUUGUUAUAUUGAGCAUUUAAUAACGUGAGCAUUGGUAUUGUUAACAUAACUUAUAGUAAGCAUUACUCAUAGCGAACAUUGCUAUACUGAGCAUAAUAUAUAGUGAGCAUUACUUAUAUUGAGCAUUGCUAUAGUGAUCAUUACUUUUAGCUGGUAUAACUUGUAAAUUACCUUAACAUAAUUUAAUAAAAGAAUAUAGAACCUAUAUCUUUUCAUAUUAAAAUGGAGGAAGGUGUUGUGCUAUAAAUGUAGUGAUAAUACAAAAGAUCAUAGCAAGAAAAAUAUAGGCAUAUCACCUAAUCUUAAGAUACUAACGAAUGAGUAAUAAAAGGAGCUUUUUCAGAUAUA